UGCGUGCACUGAGGUCAGUACCCGGCACUGAAGAGAGACGCGCUUCCUCCUUCACUUCCUGGCCUAAUCUUUAGCAGUCAGUUCUCAAUUCAUUCAUUCCUUCGGUAAAUAUCUCAACAAACACCAGUGAUGGAUGACAAACCUAAGUAUCCCGAAGAAGCGGAGCACGCUAGGGUCUAUUUCGACAUUAACAUAAACGAUAAACCUGCAGGUCGUAUUGAGAUAAAGCUGUUUGCUUCAACCCCCAAAACAUCAGAAAAUUUCCGCGCACUGUGCACCGGAGAGAAAGGGUUUGGCUAUGCUGGCAGCGGGUUCCAUCGCAUCAUCACUGACUUCAUGUGUCAAGGCGGAGAUUUCACCAACCACAACGGCACUGGUGGGAAGAGCAUCUACGGCAACAAGUUUGAAGACGAGAACUUCAAGUUGCAGCACAAGGGACCUGGUACCCUGUCUAUGGCGAACGCCGGCCCCAAUACCAACGGAUCACAGUUCUUCAUCUGCACAGUGCUCACUUCCUGGUUGGACCAGAAGCACGUUGUGUUUGGCGAAGUGGUGAAGGGAAUGGACGUGGUCCGCAAGGUUGAGGGCCAGGGAUCGUCCAGCGGCAAACCUUCCUCCAAGGUGAUCAUCGCAGCCUCUGGCCAGCUGUGAGCCGGCCCGUGGGGGGCUGCCCGCCGUGGGGUGGUACAGCUGUGAUGUCCCACCGUGGGAUGGUACAGCUGUGAUGUCCCACCGUGGGAUGGUACAGCUGGAAUGUCCCGCCAUGGGAUGGUACAGCUGUGAUGUCCCGUGUGGGAUGUCCCACCGUGGGAUGGUACAGCUGGAAUGUCCCACCAUGGGAUGGUACAGCUGUGAUGUCCCAUGAUGGGAUGGUUCCUUGUGUCCUGCUGUCUUAGAUCCCUGAUGUCCCGUAGAUCCGAGUUCACGGCUGCCAACCACAAUAUCAACAAAUGUACUUUGUCUUUUUGACGCUUUUACGGAAGUCCGUUUUCAUGUUGGAAAAUACAAAUUCUGUGUUCUAGUGUUGCUCCCCACAAACUUGGGACAAUACUGAAGAAAAAUUAGAAACUUUGAAGACUGGAUUUGUGAACAAUACUGAGACGGGAACCCACACGGCAAAAGGAGAGAUCUUUUGCUGCAGGCCUACUGUCAGCAGCUUGGAUUUAUUGAAUGCAGAAAAGUGUCGUGUGUGAAGGGUUUGGAGGGGGGUUUACUAAGCCAAUGCCCUCCGUCAUCCUACCGGGAAGAGUUUUUUUUGGUUGUUUUUUGUUUGUUUUGAAAAGUUGUCAGCUGUGUGACAUGGGCGGAGGAGGACAAACGUAGUGGGUUGCUCCUCCAACCACCCAACUCCUUGACGACGGCGGCCAAACGUAGUGGGUUGCUCCUCCAACCACCCAACUCCUUGACGACGGCGGCGCGCUCCAGAUCCUCCUCUGCUCCUUCUGUGAAGGAAAAUUUGCCCAGCCUCCUGUUGUAGUUCGGAAAAUUACCUUUUUCUGCUGAGGGGAUUUUUGUUUUGUGUCAAUUUGUCGAAAAGUUUCCCGUGAAUCCUGUUGUAGAAAAAUUACUUUUACGCAGAGGGGAUUUUUGUUUUGUGUCAAUUUUACGAAGAGAAAAGAUUUCCCAGGAUUUUUGUCACCAUGGAAGCAACAUUGCGGGGGAAGUGAGGAGCGUGGGGAGGUUGGGCAUGUAGAGAGGGCGGGGUCUGGGCUGUUGGUGGAAGGGUUGCCCCGUCUCUGGGACCUCGGGACAUGGGAGACCUGUAGCACCGCGGCGGGCGGUUGUGCACUCACCUUUUUGUAUCUCAUCUAUAGCACAUUUUUGUAGUUCCUCUUGACAUGUUUGAAUUUGUUCCAUUUGUCGGAAGAAGGGGCUGUCUGUCAUGGCCUCGGCCGUUUCUCACAUUUGGCUCAUAAUCUUGGAAUUUUUUGCACGUACAUGACGAAUAUUUGAGGGUCUUGUCAACGUUGCGUUGUGUGUCGUGUCCUGUGUGUCACGUUACAUUGUGUGUGGUGUCCCUGAUGACAUGUUACAUUGUGUGUCGUGUCACGUUACAUUGUGUGUCAUGUCCUGUGUGUGACGUGUGUGUGUCCCGGCCGCCAAAGAUGGACUAGGCCGUCCAGAGCCGGGGCAGCCUGUCUGAUGGUUGCAGUUUUGUCUCAGCUUUUGAGUCGGGACACUGACCUCCGACCUCUGACGGACUGUCAGUGGGGGACUCUCUGACCUCCGACCUCUGACUGACUGUCAAUGGGGGGGACUCUGACCUCUGUCUAUGGGGGACUCUCUGACUGUCUAUGGGGGGGGGGGGGAUUCUGACCUCGGAAGUAACCAAGAAGUGACAUUUUUGUCCAGCCUUUUUCCAAGUUGUCCUUCCUGGUCCUUCGUCUUUUCGUACUCUGUUUAUUUCUUCCUUUUUUUUGCUAUAAAUUAUUUAGAAAAAUGUAUUGUCAGGUGUAGUAGAUUCUGUUAUCUUUAUCUUUUGUUUGUGUCUAGUUUUGGUUCCUAUUGUUUUUGUUAAAUAAAGACAAGCGAAUCAAA